CAAUCAAACACAGUCCUGUCUAUGAAAAGUAAAGACAAGUUCAAGAUUCUUUCCACUCAGCACGAUGACAUCUGCACAGUUUGUCCUCUAUCUUACGUGUUUGUUCUUGGGGAAAAUGGCCCAAAUGACUGAGGUGAAAUUCUCUUCAUCUGUUCGUCAAGAUACACGUUUUAUAUCAGUUAAAACUGGAGACAACUUGACUUUGCACUGUUUCCGUGAGGGUGAUGUUGCUUCAAGGUAUUACUGGUAUAAACAGACUCUGGGCCAAAAACUAAGACUCAUCUCUUCCUUCUACAAGUUUGACAAAAAUGGAACUUUUCAUGAUGAAUUCAAGAAAGACACACGCCUCACACUGGAUACUGGAGUCGGUAAAAAUCAUUUGAAGAUAACAGAUCUGCAUAUUUCAGACUCAGCCACUUACUACUGUGCAAGUAGUUAUUCAUACAAGUUUGUAUUUGCAGAGGGCACUACUGUCAGUGUAAAGGAUUUAGGUUUGAACAUCCAGGCUUUGGUCCAUCAGUCAGAAUCUGAGACCAUCCAGCCAGGAGGCUCUGUGACUCUCAACUGUACAGUACACACUGGGACCUGUGAUGGAGAACACAGUGUUUACUGGUUCAAAAGCUCUGAAGAAUCUCAUCCAGGACUCAUUUACACCCAUGGAGACAGGAAUGAUCAGUGUGAGAGGAAACACAACACACAAACACACACCUGUGUCUACAACUUGCCAAUGAAAAACCUGAGUCUUUCUCAUGCUGGGACCUACUACUGUGCUGUUGCCUCAUGUGGACACAUACUGUUUGGAUAUGGCACCAAGCUGGACAUUGAGGUUGAAGGAGGCUCUCUUGUCUUGGUGUAUUUCUUGAGUGGAGCUUUGGCAUUUACCACCAUCCUGAGUGUUUUACUGACUUUCUUAAUAUGUUUCAUCAACAAGAGAGACAGCUGCAAAUGUGCAGAGUCUCAUGCAAGAUCACCAGCCCCCUCUACAAUGAAUACAGAGGCUCAGGAAAAUGAAGAAAACAUCCAUUACGCAGCUUUAAGGGAACACAGGGUCGACAGGUCUAGAAGACAGAGGAACAACACCAAGGCUGACUGCGUGUACUCAAGAAUAAAGCUGUAGAGCUGUUUCUUUGUAACAAGACACACCUUUUAUCCGUGUUUCUAAGCAGCCUUAAAAGACACUGAGGUUGUGAUAUCAAUAUUUUCUACUUGUGACUAUGCUUCUUUAGAUAUAAUUUACUGUUUUUGUUGAAUCAUGUUAAACUUUGUCACUGGGGCAGAAAAAUCAAGAGUCUGACACAAACGGUGACUGUGUUUGAUAAAAGAAGAGAGGAAACAGAGGAAGAGAGAGUAGUAUGACAGAGAAAGCUACAGUAUGAUAUGGUAUAAGGUAUGACAGAUAAAGCAGGUACAGCACUACAAAAUCAUAAAUCUUAAGGAAACUGACAGCCAAGACAAACAACGUUUUCAGAGUCACCUGCCUAUAGACAUAUCAACUAAAUAGGAUAAGAGCUUAUACAUAAGAGCUUUUCUGCCUGCUCUGUUCAAUGGAUUGAAGCAGGCGGGGCUCAGUUGGAAAAAAAAUAUGUAUCUGUGCAUUAAUCUGAAUUUUGCAAUAUCUGAAUCAGAGUCUGACAGUAGUUGUUGGGUUGUUUGCUCAUACUGUCAGGACACUGUUGAUCAAAUGUGAUCAAACCACUCCCACAAAAUCCUGAUGAAACAGAUCAGCUGUUUGUGUGUGCUAAACUCCUCAUGAUAACACCUAAGGAUAUAAUCUUCUGAAUUCUAACUUUGAUAGUUGCUUAUAAAUGUUACAUCCUAUAGAGAUGAUGGGCUUUAUAUACGGUGUGAUAACUUUGCAUAGUUUGAAUUUUGUGCAGUAGUAAUAAAUAUGGGUGAAGUAUGAGCAAAACCUUCUGCC